ACACACGCCCAGAAAUACUCCGCACUUAUUCCCUGUUUCUUUUCUUUUUCUGGGAGUGCCUGUUUUGGCUGUGGCCUUGCCAAAAGGAGAAAGAAAGACGUCCGCUUUUCCUCCUCCUCCUCCCCCCCUAUCUCCACCCACCUUUCUAGGGUUCAUAUAGGCUCUCUCUUCCAAAGCUCAAACCUCAAAGCUCAAGCUUAAGCUCGCAGGCGUAACCUCUCCCUCCCUCCUGCUCAAUUUUCCUGCCCCGAAUCGCCUAGGGUUUCCUGGAUUGCUUUCUCUCUCUAGAAUCCUCCGUUUCUCUCUCAACGAGCGCCUCCUCCCGGCGCCGUCUCCGAUUUCCUGCUUUCCGGGACCUGAUCCCCGCGACGCCCCCCGUUCCGCGGCCACUCCGAUUCGGAGCUUCGAUCGAGCGCUCGUCGCCGGCGAUCAGUUCCCGCUCUUCUUCUUCUUCUUCCGAUCUCUUUCUUUUUCUUCUUUUUUUAGUUUGUGGCUUGAGAGAGCGAGAGAGAGAGAGAGAGAGAGAGAGAGAGGGACGGGGGAAAUGGUGAGGGGGAAGACGCAGAUGAAGAGGAUAGAGAACGACACGAGCAGGCAGGUGACGUUCUCGAAGCGCAGGAACGGGCUGCUGAAGAAGGCCUUCGAGCUCUCCGUCCUCUGCGACGCCGAGGUUGCACUCAUCAUCUUCUCCCCGAGGGGCAAGCUCUACGAGUUCUCGAGCUCGAGCUUGAGCAAGACAAUAGAAAAGUAUCAGAAGAGAGCCAAGGACAUGGGAGCCAAAACUGCUGAAAUUUCUAUGCAGCAUUCCAAGGGUGACACUCUUGACAUGGAAAAGAAGAUCGAGCAUUUCGAAAUAUCUAGAAGAAGACUCUUGGGAGAGGGUCUGGAUUCCUGUUCGGUCGAGGAGCUCCAACAAACAGAAAACCAGUUGGAAAGAAGUCUAACCAAGAUCAGGGCAAGAAAGAACCAUUUAAUUAGGGAGCAUAUUGAGCGGCUAAAAGCAGAGGAGCGGAAACUACUGGAAGAAAAGAGAAAGCUACUUCAAGAGAUUGAAUGCGGCAAAGGAUUGACCCCGGUCUCCAGCGAACCGCCUCGUGAAGAAAUCCGCGCGGAGUCUAUGGAUGUUGAGACCGAGUUGUUUAUAGGGCCACCGAAAAGAUGAACCGCUCAGUUGCCCGUUCUGCGAUUGCUCAAAAUAAUGACCAUAGCAACGGAAACGCUUCUUCUGCUGCUCUUUUCUUCUUCAAUCGUGAGGCAAAAUAAAUUGAGAGUGAACAUGUUCAUUAAAGUUUUAAUUCACGAUGAGUGUAUACUUUGUUGUUGCUCGAUUGGCUGAAAAUCUGUAUAUUAAUUACCCAGACGCAUCAUUUCAUCUCCCUCUCCCUCUCUCUCUCUCUCUCUCUCUCUCAGAGGGGAAGGGGGCUUCUAAUGUUUUUGCAAGAACACACCCGAAGUAUCAAA